AUGGACACGUCGUCGAGGAGGCCCAGACCGUCUCCAAUGACGAGCGCACCGCCACAAGUGUGGCUGUGUGCGCGAGAAUUGAGGCUGCAGCGGGCAGUCGACCACUCCCAGCGACGACACGUUCGCUUUGGCUGCACGAGCAAUACGUUAAAGCAAGUGAGCAUGUAUGCGGCGAGACGCCGCCCGCAUAUGCGGCCACAUUCGCCUAGCGCUGGCCCAGGGGCUGCCUGUGAGCUGGCGAUGCGCCGGCCAACACUCUUCGCUGGUUCCGCUUUCCCCGUGUUGCAAGCGAAUGCCAGCGCGAAUUGUCGCAAGUCACGAUAG